GCCGUCCUCCCACUCCCAGGCCACAGCUGCCUGGGGAGCAUGCUGUCAACAACCAUGGUGGGGGCCCUGGUCCGAGGAUGGAGGAAUCGAAGCUCUCCUCGAAGGGCUGGAUCCAGGCUUCUCAUCCCGCAGAGCCAGGACGGGAUUCGGACCCAGGAUGUCCACCAGUUGCAUCUUGAUGUGCCAUUAGCUGUAACCGAAGACCCAGAUCCCAAGACCACAGCCAAGCAUUCCCGCUGCCAAGAACGGAAGACGAUGGAGCUCUCGGACAGCGACCGCCCCGUCAGCUUCGGCUCCACGUCGUCCUCGGCUUCUUCCCGGGACAGUCAUGGUUCCUUUGGCAGCCGAAUGACCUUAGUUUCCAACAGCCACUUGGGCUUGUUUCCCCAGGAUAAGGAAGCAGGAGCCAUCAAACUGGAGCUGAUCCCAGCCAGGCUGGUUUCCAGCAGCGAGCUGCAGAGGGAGAGCCUGGCCGGGCAACAGAGCCCAGACACGGGCAGCGAGAGACAGCCCUGGGCCCAGCGGAGGGUGGAGGCCCACGGGGCCACCAAAACAGGUGCUGAAUCGGCCACCAGCCCCAAGCUCCUCUACGUGGACAGAGUUGUUCAGGAAAUCCUGGAGACAGAAAGGACUUAUGUGCAAGAUUUAAAAAGCAUCGUAGAGGAUUACCUUGACUGCAUCAGGGACCAAACCAAACUUCCUCUGGGGACAGAAGAAAGAUCAGCGCUUUUUGGAAACAUACAGGAUAUCUACCACUUCAAUAGUGGACUUUUGCAAGAUUUGGAAAACUGUGAAAAUGAUCCUGUGGCCAUAGCAGAAUGUUUUGUGUCCAAGAGUGAAGAUUUCCACAUUUACACCCAGUAUUGCACGAACUACCCGAGAUCUGUGGCUGUGCUAACUGAGUGCAUGAGGAACAAGACCCUGGCCAAGUUCUUCAGGGAACGUCAGGAAACUCUGAAACACUCACUGCCUCUGGGGUCCUAUCUCUUGAAACCAGUUCAGCGGAUUCUCAAGUAUCACCUCCUUUUGCAUGAAAUAGAAAAUCACCUCGACAAGGACACAGAAGGCUACGACGUGGUGCUGGAUGCCAUAGACACGAUGCAGCGCGUCGCCUGGCACAUCAACGACAUGAAGCGGAAACAUGAGCACGCAGUCCGGUUACAGGAGAUACAGAGUUUGCUCACUAACUGGAAGGGGCCAGACCUAACCAGCUACGGAGAACUGGUGCUCGAAGGAACCUUCCGCAUCCAGCGAGCCAAGAACGAAAGGACCCUCUUCCUCUUUGACAAGCUGCUUCUCAUCACGAAGAAGAGAGACGACACGUUUACGUACAAAGCUCACAUCCCGUGUGGCAACCUCAUGCUUGUGGAAGUGAUCCCCAAGGAGCCGCUCAGCUUCAGCGUCUUCCACUACAAGAACCCCAAGCUGCAGCACACCGUCCAGGCCAAGUCGCAGCAGGACAAACGGCUGUGGGUUCUGCACCUGAAGAGACUGAUCCUGGAGAAUCACGCGGCCAAGAUCCCAGCAAAGGUGUUCCGAGAUGUCAGGGAGCUCAUGCGGACAGAUUACCCCGGCUUCUGCUACAGCCCCGAGGGACAGGCGAAGACCUGCUCCACUCCCUACCGGCUGAGAAGAAAAUCUGAACCUUCCUCAAGAUCACAUAAAGUUUUGAAGACCAGUGAAACAUCACAAGACAUCAAGCGCCCUGACGUUUCCAGAGGAGAAGGCUCUCCCCAGCGGAGGUCGGCAGGGCCGUCGCCCUCGCAGAGGAACAGCCAGCCCAGCGGCUCCGCCAUCCUCAGCGUGCUCCGAGGGGGCGGGGCCGUCAGGAACAUCUGGACGGACCACCAGAUCAGGCAGGCCUUGUUCCCCAGCCGCCGGGCCCAGGAGAACGAGGAGGAGGACGACGAUUACCAGAUGUUCGUGCCAUCCUUUUCCUCCUCAGACCUGAACUCCAGCCGGCUGUGCGAAGACAGCACCUCCAGUCGCCCUUGCAGUUGGCACCUGGGACAGAUGGAGGCCACCGAGGCCGCCAGCUCCGGCCACAGGGUGGUCCGGCGGGCCAGCAGCGCUGGCGAGAGCAACACGUGCCCUCCGGAAGUAAGAACCAGGGACAGCGACGGCUCUCGGUACAGUCCCCAGAGGGAACUGCAGAAUGACCCUAAAACGGAAGGGCAGGACGGAAUGACCCCCUUCGGCUCAUCUAUAGAGUUGACUCUGGAUGACAUAGACCACGUCUAUGAUAACAUAAGUUAUGAGGACUUAAAACUCAUGGUCGCUCAACGGGAAGAAGCUGAGUCCACUCCCCCCAGAUCAGCCAGGGACUCUGUUCGGCCCAAGAGCACCCCGGAGCUAGCCUUCUCCAAGGGGCACGCUGGCCACGAGAAGAGCCCUCUGCACACCAAGAGAGGGGGGCCUCGGCCAGGUCGGGAGGCGUCGAACCAGAGUGUACAUGAACUUGAGGUGGUGGAGGAGAACAUCUACGACACCAUCCGGCUCCCAGACCCGCCCUCGCUGGACUUCAGGUGCAGCAGCCUCACGCGUCCAAAGAGGAGCACCUUCCUGGGCCUGGAGGCCGACUUCCCGUGCUGCGACACCCUGAGGCCCUUCGUGUCCCAGGACAGCCUCCAGCUCAGCGAGGACGAGGCGCCCUACCAGCCGGGCCCCUCGGACAACGACUACUUGAGUUUGCUGUAUAACUCCUUCGGCUGUAACUUGUCCAUAGCGGAGAAGUCUAUAUCUGAUAAGCUGUCGGAAGAAGUAGACGAAAUCUGGAAUGACCUGGAGAAUUACAUCAAGAAAAACGAGGUCAAGGCCAGAGACCGGCUCCUUGCCGCGUUUCCCGUCAGCAAAGACGACGUGGCGGACAGGCUGCACUCGGAGAGCGCGCCCGAGCUGAGCCAGGACGCGGCCCGGGCCCUGUCCACACUCUCGCUCCCCGAGAGCCGCGCGCUCCUCACACUGCAGGACAGGCCGGGCAGGGCCAGCCGGGCCAGCUGCCCGCUGGGGGAAGACCUGCUGUCUAAGGAAGGCUCCUUCCUCAGUCUCAACCGGCUCUCUCUGGCCAGCGAAGGGCCGCCCCUGGAAAACCCCUAUGACUUGGCCACCAGCAGUCUGUCCCAGGUGGACCUGGAUAGCCCGGACCCUGGGGUGGACGCCACAGAUAAGACCAAGAGCCGGGUUUUUAUGAUGGCGAGGCAGUACAGUCAGAAGAUCAAGAAGGCAAAUCAGCUCUUAAAAGUGAAAAGCCCAGAGGUGGAGCAGCCACCGGCCAGCCAACCGCAUAGAUCUGUGCACAAGGACCUGGCUGCCAUCCUAGAAGACAAGAAGCAAGGAGGGCCCGCCAUCGGUGCCAGGAUUGCUGAGUAUUCACAAGUGUAUGACCAGAUUGUGUUCAGAGAGACUCCCUUUAAGACUCAGAAGGAUGGCUGGGCCCGCCCUCAAGAAUCCUCCACCCUCAGAUCUACAUCCCCUUCCCAGGCCCAACGUGGUAGCGAAGAUUGGCUUUUGCAUUCAACCUAUAGUAACGGAGAAUUAGCAGAUUUCUGUCACCGGCCAGGGCAAGACUUGAAGCCAAAAUAUCCUACUUUGGAGAUCCACACAAAAAAUAUUCCAAGACAUUUGUCCACAGCUUGCUCUGUGCCUUCUCUGCAAACCUCCGACCAUCUGCUGGGCUCCAUACAGAGACACAGUGUGGUAGUCAGUCAGCCCAACAAGGAGAACUCAUGUCAAGGCCAUCUUUAUAACUCUUUGGGUCGGAAAGGAUUCAGCGCUAAAUCUCAGCCUUAUAACAGGUCCCAGUCAUCUUCCUCCAUCUUAAUAAACAAGUCAGCGGACUCCAUCAACUACCCUAAUGAGGUGGGAAGGAAACAGCUGUUGUCUUUACACAACAGUUCAAAGUGUGAGAGUCACCAGGAUUUGCCGCCAGGUAUAAGUGGCUCGUGUCAACAGGGUACUGGAAAACGCUCAGAUCUCACUCUCCAAGACUCACAGAAAGUUCUGGUAGUAAAUAGAAAUUUACCCUUAAAUGCCCAAAUAGCUACACAGAACUAUUUUUCCAAUUUCAAAGAGACGGAAGGAGACGAAGAUGACUAUGUGGAAAUAAAGUCAGAAGAAGAUGAGGCAGAAUUAGAGCUGUCUCACAAUCGUAGAAAGAAAUCUGACCCAAAGAUAGUGGACGCAGACUUUUCUGAUAACGUCGGCAGCAACAACACAUCUUACUCUUUGCAUAGCCCGUGCACUCCCAGAAAGCCAGUGAGCGGCAAACUUGGGGUUUCACCCUACCUGACACCAUACCACGAUUCUGACAAACUGAAUGACUAUCUUUGGAGGGGCCCAUCUCCCAAUCAGCAAAACAUUGUCCAGAGUCUAAGGGAAAAAUUCCAGUGUCUUAGUUCUAGCAGCUUUGCCUAAGGUUCUUAAUAGCCGCUGCCCGAAUUCACUUCUUCAUAUGCUCCUGAAUUACAGAACCUGAGGCGUGUUUUCUAUGUACCAGAUUAAAACAGUUUUGUAAUUA